CCUUCAAAGUACAGGCAUAUAAAAACAAUGUCCUCCGAUCACACAAGAGAUACAAUCAAUAUUUUGUAUUCGAAUAAAGUGCCUCGACAUUAUUCAAACCAAAAAUAAAACAACUAAUCAAAAAAAAUGUCUUCCAAGUUGGUAAUAUUUGUUAUUUGUUUAAUUCUUUACACCACUAUGGUAGUGAUAGCCAUUCCUUAUCAAAGUGGUUAUGGUGGAUUUGGCCUUGGUGGUGGUUACAGAUAUUCUCGAUAUUCUCAUCCAAUUUAUUAUAAAUCUGUUCCAACACCAUACUACAGUUCAUAUUCACCUAAAUAUCAUCCUCGAUAUUAUUCAAAACUAUCAUAUUAUCCAACAUAUUAUGAUCAUUAUGGUUAUGAUCAAAAACAUGGAAAUGGAUAUGGUAAAAUAUAUGGAGGAUUAAUUGGUGGAUAUUAUCGUUGACCGAUUAAUUAUUAUACAUUUCGAAAUAUUAACUCAAUUAUUGCUCAUUUUGAUUUUUUUUUCAAUUUAAAUAAAUUUUUUUUUUAAUUUUUCA